AUGUACACUCAAAUCCAAGCCAAUCAUAGCUUUCAAUUCCUCAAUAAUCAGCCAUUUCAGUUUUAUAAUAAUGCUCAAACUCCAUUAUAUCAACACCAAUCUCAUUUGCAACAAAUUCACCAAAUACCUCAGCUGCAAAACCAAGUACUACUACUACAACAACAACAACAGCAGCAACAACAACAACAACAACAACAACAACAACAACAACAACAACAGCAACAACAACAGCAGCAGCAAAUUCCCUUACAACAGUCUGAUAUGGUCCUUCCAUCACAUAUCUCUUCCUCUUCGUCUUCUUCGAUAGGUGAUCAAAUCCCACCACAAAUUACUAAUGAAAAUUAUUAUUUGCAGACUUCAAGUGUCGCGCGCAAUAAUCCUGCAUCUUACAGCUAUAAUUCGGAAAGUUCCAAUUUGCAGCAAUUACCCCAGAGCGAGUCCAAAAUCGGAGUACCUCCUCCAGUUUUAAUAGAAAAAUCAUCCGAUAUGUCUACAGGACAAUUUCCAAUAGACCAAUCCAAAUAUUUGACACCCUCGUUACCGCUUUUGAACCCACUACAAAGAAGCUCAGCAAAUCAACUUUUUCUACAGCCUCUGCAACUGCAACAACUACACCAACAAGCACAUGAGCAAUUGGCUUCUUACACAAAGAAUGAUGGCCAAUUUGCGAUGAUUUAUACAAACCACUCCAGGGCUAAUGACACGCUAUCAUUUCCACCUCCGUCAGGAUCAAUGACUUUAGAAAAAAAAGAACGCAAAAGAAGACAUACAACCACAGUCUAUGAUAUGACACCGGAAACAGCUGAGAGGAAUAGGUGUCGCAUAUGCGGGAAGCAAUUCAAGCGUCCUUCAUCUUUGCAAACGCACUAUUACUCGCAUACCGGCGAAAAGAUAUUCAAAUGUCCUUGGCAAGAGUGUGGUAAACUAUUUUCAGUCAAAUCCAAUAUGACUAGGCACUACAAAUUACAUGAAAGAGAUUUGAAAAAAGUCCAAUAUACAGAACUAGAAAGUAACAAUUUCCAAACACAAACUUCCACAAACUCAUAUCUUAUUCAAAACUCUCGGGAGUUUCUGAAUCAACUGCAGCAAUCGAUACUCGGUAAUGAGUCUCUACGGUCGCCCCAUUCUUAA